UUGGGCCUGUCAUUGACCAGUUUCUAAAGCCGUCAAUUUGUUCAAACUUGAAUUCUACUAAAAAUUUAUACUCUUAUUGUAGACCAAUAUUGACUGCGCGAUGUCAACGCCUGACGAUAUAUUGACCAUGGAGCUGGUCUAUGCAGAUCCUGCGGAACUGCCGAACACAUUGUUCGGAGGUGCAGAUAUGGCUGCCAGCAGUGUGGAGCAGCUUUUCAAGAUGCCGCUGCCAUUUAAGGAAGCUAACAACGAGGAUAAACCCAUAGUAAAUAAUAAAAUCGAGGCGGUAUCGCCUGGCUAUGAGCUCAAGUACGCGCUGGAGGGUCACCAGCGGCACAUUACCGCCGUGCGAUUUGCUCCUGGUGGCGACUGGCUAACCAGUGCAUCGGCUGAUAGUUUACUCAAGCUGUGGGACUUGGGUACAGCUCAGCUGAACAAAACACUGACAGGACAUGUGCUGGGCAUAAACGAUGUGGCUUGGUCGCCGGACGGUAAAUUCAUGGCCAGCUGCAGCGAUGACAAAACCAUAAGACUCUGGGAUCCGCACGGUGGACUUUGCCUGCGGACAAUGGAAGGGCAUGCGGGCUAUGUGUUUGCCUGCAGCAUCAAUCCGCAAGCGAAUCUAAUAGCGUCCACCAGUUUUGACUGUACCGUGCGACUGUGGGAUGUGCGUAACGGCAAAUCGCUAAAAAUUAUACCCGCUCACAUGGAUCCCAUUUCGUCCGUGGACUUCAAUCGUGACGGAACACUCUUUGUUACCGGCAGCUUUGAUGGCCUGGUGCGCAUUUGGGACACGAUCAGCGGGCAAGUGCUGAAGACGCUUAUCGAUGAAGAUAAUUCACCGGUGGGCUAUGUAAAGUUUGCACCAAACGGCAGAUAUAUACUCGCCGCCUAUCUGAACAGCCAGAUAAAGCUGUGGAACUUUCAGAAGCCCAAGUGUUUGCGCAUCUACAGAGGCCACACGAACCUCAAGUAUUGCAUUGCCGUUAAAUUUUCCGUUACAGCGGGCAUGUGGAUCGUGUCGGGCAGUGAGGAUAGUUCCCUCUAUAUAUGGAGUCUGCAGAGCAAGGAGCUUGUCCAGAAACUAAAUGCGCAUGCGCACGAGAUCAUCUGCACGGAUUGUCAUCCCAAAUUGAAUCUGAUUGCAACGGGCGCACUGCAGAACAGCGAGAACCUCAGGAUCUGGCAGAGCAGCGAGACCGUAAUCGAAUUAAAUAAAUAAUUAAUUUGUAUUUAA